AUGACCUCUCUUAGGCGUGAGGCCCUGCGGUGGUACAAAAUAUUGCAGCGCACCAAGAAUGAAGUGUUUUCCGGUGAUUUUCGCACCAUUUCCGCAGCAAGACAACGCAUUCGGGAAGAAUUUAUCAAGAACAAAGAUAUUAAGGAUGAGCAGCAAAUCAAAGAGAAGAUUCAAAUCGCCAAGGAUGUCGACGUUGAACUGCGCAGAUCGGUAGUGCAGGCCGUGAGGAAGCAGCCGACUGUGUUUGAGGCGCGCAUCACACCCGAUACGAGAAAGAUGGACAAUGUCAUGUUCGAUCCGGACGCCGAGCUUCCUCCACCUCGGAGCAAGAAGUGUAGUGAUAAAAAAUAGUCAAAUGUCUUCCACGACUCUAUGGCACCACUGUUACCGUUUUGGUGUAACCAUGUGUCCACUAGUGAACUUGUUACCGGUAUCAUGAGGCUUAUCAUG